GAUGAAUCGGAAUACCAAAAAACAUUAAACCCAGCUCUAAACAAAUGCUACUUCACAUCUUCAUUCAGGAACUAUUAUUGCAGAUAAGUUUGUAUUGAUGGAAAAAGUGGGAUAAGGUAGCUUUGGAUAUAUAUUUAAAACCGAGAAUAUUGAAACAAAAGAAAUAGUGGCUACUAAAUUUGAGAAAAGAGAGAAUCGCAGUAAUGGCACAGCAAGCAUGCUAGUCAGAGAAAUCAAAGUAUUACUAGAAUUAAGUGGAGUAGAUGGUAUCAUAACAAUAUUAUAAUUAUAAAGGUUUCCCAUAAAUUCAAUAUUAUGGAAGAGAUGAAAAUUAUAAUUAUUGCAUGAUCACAUAUUUAGGUCAUAAUUUAGAAUACCUGCUUAGAAGAAGUAAAGGCUUUUCAUAAUUAUCAUGUCUUAAAUUAUCUCUUUAAUUAAUUGAGAGAUUGGAAUCUCUACAUAAUAAAAAUAUUAUUCAUAGAGAUUUAAAACCUGAAAACAUGGUUAUUGGAUAUAUUGAUACCCACAUUGUAUAUUUGAUUGAUUUUGGAUUAGCUAAAUAUUUUAAAGAUAGUAAUGGAUAACAUAUACCUCUAUCUGAUAAAAAAGGAAUUAUUGGAACUGCUAGAUAUGCAAGUAUAGCAGCUCAUUAAGGAUUUGAAUAAUCUAGAAAAGAUGAUUUAGAGAGUUUAGCAUAUGUAUUGAUUUAUUUAAACUUGGGAAAACUUCCAUGGAUGAAUCUUUAAAUUGCUGAUAAACAUGAGAAAUAUUAAACUAUAUUGGAAAUGAAGAAAAAUACAAAAUUAGAAGAAUUGACUGAAGAACUUCAUUAGUGCUAUUUAUUAUUAUUAUAACAUGCAAAAUCAAGAGAAUUUUCAGAAUCUCCUAAUUAUGCAUUUCUUAAAGAUUAAUUUAGAAAAGCUAUAAAUGAAAAAGAAUGUGAAGAAUCAUUUUAUUAAUUUGAUUGGGAAAAAUUAGCAGAAGUUAAGAACAAAAAAUAAAUUAUCUAAAAUUAAUUAGCCAAUCCACCUGUUGUAAGAAGUACUAUUAAAAGAUCAUCUGCUGUUGUUGAUUAUCCUAAAAAGUAACCUUCAAAUCAUUUAAUCAUUCCUGAACCUGAAAAUUUUGAAAAUAGAAGUCGAAAUGUAAAAAUUACUUCUUUUUAUUUUAUUAGGGAGUAAGCAUGCAUACUUAAGGAACAUCUAAAAUGAUAAAUUAUCAAUAAAGUCAUAAAAAUAUUGUUGAAGUUGAUAAAUAUAGAAGAUUUAUGUAAUAAUAAUUACCAAGAAAUUAAAAUAAAAGUCAAACAGUAAUGUAAAAAUAAUAAUCAACAUUUUGCAAAGAGACUAGUAAACAUUUUCAUGAAAGAAUGAAAACAAUUGAAUAAGUAGAAUAAGAGUUUGAAUCAUUCAAUGAUUUAGAUCUAUUAGCUUAGGAUGAUGCAAAUUUACACUUCAAUAAUAUUGAAGCUUUCUCUUUCAAACAUUCAUUGUAACAUUGA